AACGCUGUGUUGCUACUCUGACAGUUGCAUUCAUUCUUCAGAGCAGAUAUUACUCACUGGUUUGUGUUUGUGGCUCCAACGUUUACGCGAAAAACUUGAGCAAUGGCAGCUUUAAAAUACGCAGGUAUGGACGAUACAGACAGUGAGGACGAGUUACCGCCUGGGUGGGAAGAAAGAUCUACGAAAGAUGGAUGGGUCUACUAUGCAAACCACGAUGAGAUGAAGACACAGUGGGAACACCCCAAGACAGGAAAGAAAAAGCGUUGUGCUGGAGAUUUACCGUAUGGUUGGGAGCAAGAAACAGAUGAAAAAGGACAGAUAAUUUAUGUCGAUCACAUUAACAAGCGAACCACAUACUUUGACCCACGCCAGGCGUUUACAGUAGAGGAUGUGAUGGUGAAACCAAAACGGUAUGAUGGAAACACUGCUGCUCUAGAGAUCCUGCAAGGUCGUGACCUCUCUGACAAGGUUGUCCUCAUUACUGGGGGCAACUCGGGUGUUGGCUUUGAGACAGCCAGGUCCUUUGCUCUUCAUGGUGCCCACGUGAUCCUGGCAUGUCGAAACCUGUCCCGGGCCAGCAAGGCUGUUGGCCUCAUACAGCAGGAGUGGCACAAAGCAAGAGUAGAAGCCAUGAUGUGCGACCUGGCCUCUCUCCGCAGUGUCAGGGAGUUUGCUGAGUCUUUCAAGGCCAAGAAACUGCCUUUGCACAUUCUGGUGUGUAAUGCAGCAGUGUGCACUCAACCCUGGAGCCUGACGGAGGACGGCCUGGAGUCCACCUUCCAGAUCUGCCAUCUAGGUCACUUCCUCCUUGUCCAGUGCCUACAGGAUGUGCUGCGUCGCUCGGCCCCUGCCCGUGUUGUGGUUGUGUCUUCAGAGUCUCACAGGUUCACAGACCUGUUAGACUCAAGUGGCAAGGUGGACUUAGCCCUGCUGUCUCCCCCAAAGAAGGAGUACUGGUCCAUGCUGGCUUACAAUCGGGCCAAACUCUGCAACAUCCUCUUCAGCAACGAGCUCCACCGCCGCUUCUCAUCUCAAGGUGUCACCUCCAACGCAGUGCAUCCUGGGAACAUGAUGUACACCUCAAUUCACCGGAGCUGGUGGCUGAUGACCUUUCUCUUCACGCUGGCCAGACCUUUCACCAAGUCUAUGCAACAGGGGGCGGCCACCACGGUGUACUGUGCCGCAGCCCCGGAGCUGGAGGGGUUAGGAGGCAUGUACUUCAACAACUGUUUCCGCUGCCUGCCGUCCAUCCAGGCCCAGGACCAGAGCAACGCUGCCAGUCUGUGGGAGCUGAGCGAACGUCUGGUUGCUGAGAGGUCAGCAGGCAUACAGGCCCUCUGAUGGACGAAGGAGGAGGAAGAGGACGAGGAGGAGUGGGGGGGACUAGCCAAACAGGAAUCAAAGAGGAAGGGUGGUGGGUCACGGUGAUGUCCAGUUAGGUAUAAACUGAAUAAAAGAUAACUGUACUCUGACUGCACUAUACAAGAGAGCUGCCAAACCACAGACGUCCAUCUGGAUGUGUCACGUCACUACGGGGGCUAAAACACACUACAUAUACAGUACAGGAAGGGGUUUCAUAUACACUCAAUUGAUAAAAUAUAAAUCAAAGUCUGAGUUGUGUUAAGCUCUGCUGUGGUAGUUUACAGUGGGGGGGUGGGGGACAGGAGAAGAUUUGGGACAAAUUCAGGGAUCUCUUAAACUUUGUUCUGUCUCUGUUUUUGUCUCUGUAGCUUUUUAUAACUCUGUCACGUCUUCUCUAUUCCAUGACAGUUUAUUUAAAAGAGCAACGUUCAAAAAAGCAAAUGACCUGUGUUGUUAACAAGACAGAGUUACUUAAUAAGCAUACACUCUAUGGCAUAUGCAUCUGAUUCCAGCAAUAGUGCACUAUAUGGCAAAUAUUGUGUCUUCCCAAUUAAUGUCUGUAUAUUCAGUAUCCUCUUGUCUAGCUCUACGUAGAUGUUGAUGUUUCCUAUUGAGAUACAGAGAGCAUUGGUUAAUCAUUGUGCUAAAUCUUUUUUGGGCACAGAAGAAAUGAGGAGUAAUGGGCAUGUGACACUUAUGGAUAUAUAAACACACUAGAGGUAUGAUUCUUAUGGCUAUAUACAUUAUUCUGCAAUAGUUUUAUUUCUUAUCAAUGUCCCUAUUCGUUUACUGUACAAUAUUUACAAUAUCCUGAUUUCUGGCCAUGUGCUAAAGGGGUGUGGACAUCAUAUUUUUUCUGUUUGCUAUUUGACUCAACCUAAGUAUUAAUAAUCUAUACUCUGGUAAGUCUUAAUUACAAUUUGGAGGUAUUUAUGGGACGAUCUGUGUCCAGUUGAAUACCAAAUACAGAUGGUGGAGAAUCUUAUUUCCAGAGCUAUGGUCUUUAAUUUCUGUGUUUCUUCCCUUGUGGUUUGUCAAGAAAAAUGUGAGUGAUUUCAGUCUCUUGUUUUUUUUUUUUUUUGUUUUGUUUUGUUUUGUUUUUUCACCAUUGUUUUAAUAUUGAACUCUGGCUUUGGGUUUGCUGUGGAUUGGUUGCCCUGAAGCCGCUGUUGGGACGCUGUUGAGACAUUGUGCUUUAUGGCAGUCUGGGUGCCGUAGGUUGCUCUUGAAACAUCAGCAUUCCAGUGUCAUGAUAUCUGUGAAAACAAAAAAAUAAAAAGGAGAGA